UGCAAGUACUUAUUUUGGCAGUUUGAUAUGUAAUACUUUUAGUACAGUGUCAGUAAGAAUAUGACACGUGUCAGUAAGGUAAGUGAUAAUAUAGAAUCCUAAAAAUAAGAAAUAUAUAUUCGCCCCCUCUUUUUUAUUUUUCUAUUUCUUCUCUAGUCUCAGCUUCUGAUACCGGAAGCUCCUUUUCCUCAGUGAUGUAGUGGUCUAUCGCAUGCUUGUUGUCUGUCUUGCGGCCCUAAUCUCCAGCAGAGGGGGCCACACUCAAUACAUCCAUGGGGCCAUUUCAAAGUAACAACAAGGCGCUGUGAGUCCAUUUAUGAUGAGGUAAAUAUCCAAAACGUGGAUGCGGCGUUCGUGUGCUGUUUGUGUGCCUGUAAUCUAGAAACCGUGUGUGUGUGUGUGUGUGUGUGGCAGAAAACAACGGCGCAUAAACACAUUUGGGUGGUUGAUGUUCGAACUUUGAGAUGUGACAGGUGGUAGUUUGUCUACUAGCCGAAUUAAUGAUUGCGAUGUGAAUCCAUUUUUAUUUUUUUUUUACUUUCAUGCUUCCUGUCCUCAAACGUUAUAUCUCACAUAUCACAUUUUCACGUUGUGUAUUGCUCCUUCCUUCUACAGAACAAAUCAUAAUUCCCAAAUGUCCCACGCCACCUGAAGCAUCCACUCCGUGAUUUGACACGUUCGGGUUGCUUUGUGCUCGGAUCUCGAGUGGCUCACUGCUGCAAACUGCUCUGAAAAAAGAAGAGAAAGCCAAGGUCCAAAUUAACAGAUCAGCUCCCAGACAAGUGCACGAUUGUCAAAAGAAAGAAGUGCCUAACAGCCACGCAAACGACAGCGCAGACGUUAGCUUUGAGCUAGCCAAUGCUAGCUAAUUGAUCAGCGGCCAGUGAAUGGCUACGCAGAGACCAACCUUGACUCUCCCACUCAGACUCUUGACAUGGGGAGUAAAAUGUCCUUCAGCAGAGGAAGCAGUGACCAAGAUACAGUCUCUGAGUUAACCUCCGCGCCGUCGCAUCCUCGCAAUUCCAUUCAUGCGCCUUUGGACUGCAAGCAGAUGCCUGAAGACAAGAGAGGCAGCGAGGAAGACGUGGACUCUAAGUGGGGAGAGGAGAUGAAAGCAGCGGAAGUGACUCAACCUGCACCUGAAUCCCACUCAUCGGGGCAGGUGGAGUCUGAAGGCCGACUUAACUCUGAAACAGCAGGCGGAACAAAUUGUCAACACAGCAAGCACACAUCUUCACAGGCAAAGAUGGAAGCAAAGUCUCAGACGCCCGCAAUUGUGUGCAGCUCUACUACAGACAGCCGUGGACAGCCUGUGGAGGUCCACAAGAAACGUGGCCGCCCGCGUAAAAUCAAACCGCUGUUGACUAAAGGCAAAAAAGAUCCAGGUUCGACUGGUUAUGAUGCAGUUCAACAUAAGGAGAUAAGCACAACACUACCUUUGCCAAGAGUCGUUCCCUUAAUCAGUAAUUCACCUGAUAAUGAGAUGUCUGCUCUUCAUACUGUGUCUGAUGGUGAAGUACAAGAUGUCCCCGUGCUGCCAAAACGAAAAAGAGGCAGACCCAGAAAAUCAGAGAUGGCAGCUUUUAAAACUAUGGUUGUUGGGGCUGCUGCUGCUUCUGUUAAUAGUGUUAGUGGUCCUGCACGGCGACUGAGGAGUAGAGGUGAGCAACACGCUUCGACACAGAAAGGAAAGCCGGAAUCAGCAAGCAACGUAGACCCCAAACCAACUGAGGGGAUGCCUACAGAAAGUAGUAAUUCAUCGAUCUUUCAAGGUGUUAAAAGAAGAAGAUCUAAACUGGCUGAUCAGCAAGUUCCAGCUAAAGUGUGCCGGCUGGAUGUUUCCCAGGAGGCCUCGUCACUGCCGACCAACGACACCGGCUGUGGGGAGAGAGCAGAGACUGAUAAGCAGGUGGAACUAAACACUGACAAACAAGAGACUGAUACGGAUGGAAAAAGCGGUCAACUGUACCAGCAAGAAGGGCAAGAGCAGCAGACAGAAUUAAAGGAAGUCACAUCACCGCAAAGAAAACUGAGUUCCCAGCCAGCAGCUGAGCCUGAAGUUAUUUCGUCAGAGGGUUUGAAUAGUCUAAAGGUGGUAAACCCGACUCAGAGCGACGACCCUGUGAACAUGAAACAGUCUGCCGACGUGAAUGGCAGCGAGGAGUCACAAUCAAAAAGCGGUCUCGGAUCCCCAAAAAACUCGCCGAAUGCACAGUCCUCCAGCACAGAUUUUGUAACAUCCUCUGAGCAACCAGCUAAAGCUGUCAGAGUCCCACCUGCUGUGAAAGCCGAGAAUGUGGAGGUAGAGCUGGGUCAUUUAAAUCCUAUCUCAGAGUCAAAUAGUCCGAAAUCUUUACAGUGCAAUGCCAACACCACAGUUAAAGCUCAGGGUCCAAACAGGGCCUUCAGGCGCAAGAGAGGCGGCAAGAGGAGGAGGAGAAUACGGAGUGUUUUGUUACAGAGAGAGCAGCUUGUAGAGGCUCAUAAAAGCAGCGAUGACGCGCAACAAAAUACAGACUAUGGUGACGAGUGUAAGGAAGCCGGCUCUAAGGUCAGCUACAUAAAAAAGGGGGCGAAAACUCUUUUAAAAUGUGGUUACUGUAGUCAGACCUUUAAAUUUCUCUCUCAGUUCAUCAUACACCAACGCAUUCAUACAGGAGAACGGCCUUUCAAAUGCCCCGAAUGUGACAAAGGUUUCAGCAAAAAUUCGAACUUAAAUCUUCAUCUCAAGACGCACAAAAAGAGCAACAUAUAUCAAAAAUGUCCAUUUUGCAAGAUCAAAUUCUCCUGCUCUGAGUAUUCCUCCCAUAUGAAGAUGCACGCACGAAUGCUGGACCAGGACUCCGAGAACAACAAAUCUGAGAAACACAGCCGAGGGGAAGACCACGAAAACGGCGAGGGGCUUCGUAGACCCGUUCCACAAGAAAAGAGGGAACAAAAAGUGUGCCAGUACUGCGGUAAAACGUUCCCGUUUCAGUCGGCACUCAUAAGACACGUGCGUGUCCACACGGGAGAGAAGCCUUAUAAAUGUGAUAUAUGUGGCAAAGCUUUCGGUCAGGCCUAUUUCCUCCGUGUCCACGAGCUCACACACUGGUCCGUGAAGCGGUACAACUGCACACGCUGCGAGAAAGCAUUCACUCAUUAUAGCAACGCAAAAAAUCACUCCUGUAGACCUCCAGCAAGCAGUGACGAUUCGCAAGAAAACAGGCGCGCAAAGCCUGGACUAACGUACACGUGCCACAUCUGCAAGAAUGUUUUUGACCAUCUGCAGGAGUUCAACGGCCACAUGAGAGCCCACACCGGCGCCAAGCUUUAUCGCUGCUUGUAUUGUGACAAGCUGUUUGGUGUGCUGUCUGAAUUUAGUGCCCAUCGCAGUCAGUGCAGAGGAGAGAGAAACGCCUCCAGCUCUGCGAUGAAGGAGGAAGAGACGAUGUCAUUGAUACAGUACACGGUGCCUGCGCUCCGGUGUUCACCGGGACGCAAUUCAGCCUCCUCCCUCACAGGUGCAAACCGUGAAACACAGAAGAUGACGUCACGGAUCAGUGCCAAGAAACGCUUGGCUAACUUAAAGAAACCAUUCCAGUCGACGGUCGUACCGGCUCACCAUCUCUCGCACCUCGUGUCAAAGUUGAACAAACUAGAUAACCGCUCGGACCCCAAGAAAUAUUUGUGUCCGAGCUGCGGGCGACUGUUCAGACACAUGGGCCGACUCCGAGCCCACAUGCUCACCCACGCCUCGGGUCAAAGUUACACGUGUUCCUGUUGCGGCAAGACUCUGGAAAACUGGAAGAAACUGUGGCGUCAUCAGAGAAUCCAUCGACAGAGACGCGGGCGCUUCACUUGUCCUCAGUGCGGGCAAGGGUUUCGGUUUGUGCAUUCGUAUGAAAAACACAUGAGCGAGCACCCGGAGUUCCAGUGGAUUCAGGUCAGGCCCAAGAAGGUGUUUCUGCCUUAUCAGUGCGAGCAGUGCAGGUGCAGCUUUAAUACUCUAGAUCUGCUGUUCAGUCACCAGCUUUGCCAUUCCUCAACGCACAAGGUCUCCGAUUUCGAUUUAUCCAUAGACGAUCAUACACAGUCCAACAAGAAAAUGUUUUUCCCUCCCGCAAAUAACCACAUGGCUGCAUUACAUCCAGAUCCUGAGGAAAACUACAACUGUCCUCUGGGCCCCUUAUCCAAAUGUCCAGACCUAGCGAUGCAAGAGUCGCCUCGAGCUCCCACGAUUCCCUUUGUCAAAAGUAAAGGUCUUGAUUUGUGUAAAGCUCCUCAGCGUCCCAGCAGCACACGUUCGGUCCAAGAUAGAGGAACCGGUCGUGACGGAAUAGAUGAAAACGCACUUGGAAAACCAAUUCAUCCUUUGAGAACUGUGAAAAGACACGUUAGCCGAAAUGACGGCGUAUCAAAUGAGGCGUCGGCAGACGGCGUUAAGUGUGCCGUGUGUGGCGAUGCAUAUCCCGUCAUCUCCGACCUUUAUCACCAUUAUUUGCAGCAUGCUAGAGGCCAGUUGUAAAGACCUAAAUGCAGAUACGUUACUACCCCUUCUGUGUUCAUCAAGUUUAACACAGAGGACCCUGUAGUCCUGGAAUAAGAACUGUGCAACCACUGUCAGUUUACACCUGGUGAGGUUAUGGGAAAUGAAAUGCAUCAGAACAUAUGUGGAAGAUUUGUUUACAAUCGUGUAUUCGACCUGUCAUGCCUGACCGUUUUUGAAUAUAUACACACGUGAAUGUACAAAAUGAUAGGGACACUUUCUGUUUUCAUGUCGUUCAUCAAGCAGCCUCAGGUAGAAGCCACGAACCUGUCGUUAGUUUCUGUAAUUACAUUUCUGUCCAUCAAAAAAAACAAACUAGAGAUGCAGAACGUGUCAAAAAAAGAUGCUCCAAAUAUUUUGUACAUUCAGUGCAUUAGAGCCAGCUAGAGUCAGCCCUGGGAUAAUAUCAGCUUCAACAAAAUCAGCAUUUGGAAACAGAAACUGUGCUGUUUAUUAAUGGCUUAUUAUGGAAAAUAAGUUUGUUUAAAACUGUAAUAACCACUGAAACAUGUGGAGCCUUCAUUUUUCCUCCUGGUAUCUUUAUUUUAUAACUGCACUGAUCAGAGCGGCAGACGUCACACUGAGUUAAUUUAUUCGCCCUUAUUGCUGUGAAAGUUUUGUUUUGCAGACCUGACAAAGACCUUGUUUCCUCUAUAUGUUAUAACACGCCGUGUAGCUGUAUAGUUCUACAGAUUACAAACACCUCUUAAAACAUGCAUUGGCUUCAUGACCAAUGUGAAUUUAAUUUCAAAUGUGUGCAUUUCAAAUCAUGCAGGUCUCGUCUUCCGCAAGUGAACUGUUAAUCAUGAUGUUUCAGAGGAAGUGAUGUGUACUCAUUUCAAAUUCGUUUUGUUCUGGUCUCCAACAAGGACAUGCAUCAGCAUUUUGUAUUUACAUUCAAAGUAAGUAUCGGCUUGACUUGUGCACAUGUUUGUCAAAGACUUUGCUCUUUUGUGGACUUUGUAAUAUAAUGGCUGAAAUAAGUGAUGUUACAUUUCUCUUGAAAAUACACUAACAAAUACACACUCCACACCUGAAAUACAAAGUGCAACGUUGAACACCCACACUUUCUCACUGCCUUUGAAAAAUACUGUUUCAUGCUUCAGCAUCAGCCUUGAUUUUGUUAAGUUUGUCUUAAUACCAAUAAAGGCCAUUUUUGUAU